UUUACUUCCGCUGUCGGCGGCCGCUUCCGGGCCCCCGUUCCUUGGUAACAAUGGAGCAGAAAAUGGCCGCCUGAGAGGGGAGGCAGGGCGACGCUGCGGCUUCUUGGGGACGGACGGAGUGCGGCGAGCCGGCACCGAGCCCGCUGAGGACCGGAGAGAGCAGCGGAGCGAGAGCUGAGGAGACGGCGGCGGGCGACAUUAUUCCAUUUGUCAAGAUGGAAAGCUCAGAUUCUAGUGAUAAAGGAAAUAUUGAUCAAUCAGAAGCACAACGGCAGAGUCAGCUGGAUCGCUUAGAUCGAGAAGAGGCUUUCUAUCAGUUUGUAAACAACCUGAGUGAAGAGGACUACAGGCUUAUGAGAGACAACAAUUUGCUAGGAACACCAGGUGAAAUUACUGAAGAAGAGUUGCUGAGAAGGCUGCACCAAGUUAAAGAAGGUCCGCCACAGCAAAACAGUGAUGAGAAUAGAGGUGCAGAGUCCACAGAAGAUGUUUCAAAUGGAGAUUCUAUAAUAGACUGGCUUAAUUCAGUCCGACAGACUGGAAAUACAACACGAAGUGGGCAGCGAGGAAACCAAUCUUGGAGAGCCGUGAGCCGGACUAACCCAAAUAGUGGUGACUUCAGAUUCAGUUUGGAAAUAAAUGUCAACCGUAAUAAUGGGAACACAAAUCCUGAAACUGAGAAUGAGCCAUCUGUAGAGCCUUCCAGUGGGGAGGAUUUGGAAAACAGCCAAAGUGACUCUGAAAUUCCAAGGUCUGAAUCACCAUCUGCAAGGCAGCCUGGAUCAGAAAGGAGCACUUCAGAAGAGUUAACUGAGGAAGCUUCUCCUAGAGGGCAGAGGAGAGCGAGAAGUAGGAGCCCAGAACAGCGGAGAACACGGGCUAGGACUGAUAGAAGUAGGUCACCUAUUAAUCCAGUGAGUGAGGCUCCUCGCAGGUCUCAUCACAAUACAUCAUCUCAAACGUUUGACCAUUCAGCAGUGAAUGAAGCUGAGGGAAGCUCUAGAACUAGGCAGCAUGUGACAUUAAGGCAGCAUGCAGUGGGGACUGAGAUUCCUAGUGAAAAUGCAGUUCUGUUUUCAGCCCCUGAAACAAGACCUGUUCCUCAAGCAGCAGGUUCUUCAGAAACUAAUGGUGCCAGUGAGUCUGCAGCUCCUGGACAGAGGCCUCCUACCAUAGUGCUCGACCUCCAGGUGAGAAGAGUUCGUCCAGGAGAGUAUCGGCAAAGGGACAGCAUAGCCAACAGAACUCGGUCCCGCUCCCAGACUCCUAACAACACAGUCACUUACGAAAGUGAACGGGGAGGGUUUAGGCGUACGUUUUCACGUUCAGAACGGGCUGGAGUGAGAACUUAUGUCAGCACCAUUAGGAUUCCUAUUCGUAGGAUCUUAAAUACAGGCUUAAGUGAGACUACGUCAGUUGCAAUUCAGACUAUGCUAAGGCAGAUCAUGACAGGCUUUGGAGAGCUGAGUUACUUUAUGUAUAGUGAUAGCGAUGCAGAUCCUAGUGGCCCAACUCCAAAUCAGAAUGUGGAUGCUUCUGAGCCACAGAACGGAGGGGGUGGUAGUUCAAGCAAUGAAAGUACAGAUGUUAGCUCAGGGGAGGUGUUUGAAGGUAGUAAUGAAGGUGGUUCAACAUCUGGUGCCAGACGGGAAGGUCGGAAUACGAGAGGAUCGGUCACGUUUGAAGAAAGUGGUUCUUUACCAUUCCUUAGCCUAGCACAAUUUUUCCUACUAAAUGAAGAUGAUGACGACCAACCAAGAGGACUCACCAAAGAGCAAAUUGACAACCUAGCAAUGAGGAAUUUCGGUGAGAGUGAUGCUCUGAAAACAUGUAGCGUGUGUAUUACAGAGUACACGGAAGGAAACAAGCUUCGUAAAUUGCCUUGUUCUCACGAGUAUCACGUCCACUGCAUCGACCGCUGGUUAUCAGAAAAUUCCACUUGUCCCAUUUGUCGCAGAGCAGUCUUAGCUUCUGGUAACAGAGAGAGUGUUGUCUAAAUGAGAUCUGAACUUAUGGCUAAGCAGCUAGUGUAAUAGUGAUGGGCAAAGAAGUCACUUCCUUUAUGGCCACUUUUUGAGUGGUAACUCAAUGUAUAGUAAUUACUUGGAGUGAAUCUUCCCUCAUGAAAGAAUUUUCUCUGAAUUCAAGCUUUUAAAAUUGGAAAAAUUGAUUGAGGUUUUCAAGAUCUAGUCGGUUUGUGUGAUGAAUUUCAUUUGUCCAAAGACAUCUACUCACUUAAAAAUACUUCUUUAUGGAGAGUGCUAAGUUCUAUCCCCUUACUCCUCCAGUCCAAUAAAAAGUUUGUCCUCAACAUUGUGCUUGUGAGUAGUCUUUCUGGGAAGUCAUCCCAGCUAAAUGCGCAAGAGUCAUAGAGGAAUUUUUGCAAGAAAUCCAACUGACUGGAAAAAAAACCCUGAAUUUAAUUGCAUACUUGAAAAUACUUUUGAUUUUCAUACUGGGUUAAUAUUGGACAUGUCUGUGUAAAUAACACUAAUGUUAGCCCUUUCCCCAUCACUAUGGCACGCUGUAGGAUGAGCUGUUAGCUUAAUUGGGAUAUUUAUCUUGUUGUGGAAAUAUAAGAAUUGCCUAUGCUUGUUUAAAUAAAAAAAAAAAAAAAUCUGUUUUAAAAUUGUAAAGCUUUUUUGUAGAA